UGUCUUCUCCUUCUCCUCUCAAAAUCGCGAAAGGCUUUCGGCCGCGAGAGCUUAGGGUUUUCCGUUUGUGUUCUUCUUCUAAUAUCUAGUUUCUAUUUCUACUCUGAUAGUCAGCGCUGGCUCGAUUGUUCGGCAUUCUUGCUUCGUUGUUUGUUUGGCCACCGAGGCGUUAUCUUUGAUGGAACCUAGUUUUUGAAGUUUUUGGAAGUGAAAUCUCGCUUGCCAUCGUAACGGCCAGUAACUAAAGAGAGCAGAGCAGGCGAAGGUACAAGAGAAAUAUACAAUGUUCUACUCCCACACAUUUCUUGCUCGGAAAAGUCCUUUAGGGAUAGUAUGGAUCGCAGCUCAUCUCGAUCACAAGCUCAAGCGGCCACAGAUAGAAAGCAUCAACAUUCCUUCUUAUGCUGAAAAAAUCAUGAUGCCUGAUGUGCCCAUUGCUCUAAGGCUUUCAGGACAUUUGCUUAUUGGGAUUGUUAGGAUAUAUUCAUGGAAGGUGAACCACGUUUAUUCAGAUUGCAACAAGUUGGUUUCAUACAUAAGGAAGGCCUUUGCAUCAGUGCCAGUUGAUCUUCCUAUAGAGGCAGACCAUGCUCCAUUUGAAUCUGUGACCUUGCCAGAGACAUUUGACCUCAAUACCAUGGGUUUAGAUGAAUCUUACUAUAGAACAGACGAACCUGAUAAGCAUGUUAAGUCAUAUAACCAGAUCACCAUGACAGAUCAAAUUCCAGUGGAAGAAGAGCAAUACGUAGCUGUUUGUAUCAGCGAGGAAAAUGGACUGAAUCUAUCACCUAGAUUGUCAAAUGGGUUGAAUUUGUCUCCUCAACCAAAAAAUGUUUUCAUUUCAUCUCCUCAAACAACAAACAUAAGCCCAGUUUCCAGGCAACUAGAAGACGACAUUCUACCUCCUUUUGAGCGCGGAUUCGAAUCUAUUUUUAGUUCUCAGGAACAUACCCCUUUAAAUGUUAAGGUUCCAACUCAGAAUGAAAAGAAUACACCACAAGGGGCUCUGGAUAUUGAGAACAUGCGUUGUGAUCCUGGUCAUCUCCCUCAAUAUCUUAGUGCUCCUGGAGACUUCCAAAUUGGUCAAGAUUCUAGUCCAACCAUUAAUAAGAGACAGAGUCUCUCAACUAUACCUGAAAAUAUUUCAAUUCUUGAAAGAGACUCUUCCAAUGGCGCUGAACAGCUGUUCAAUACAUCUCAAAUUAAAUUAAAUUUUCCGGACCUUGAAGCAUCGACUGUGAUACGCACUCCUGUUUUGAAUCCCAAACCAGCUUUUCCUAUCAAGCGGAGAAAUGUGAAGAAAAGAAAGAGGAUUCAGGCUUUUGAUAAACAAGUGGUUUUGAGCAACAUGCAAAUGAAAAAGCAACUUGGUGAAAGUGCCAACAUUGUUUGUAAGAGAAGAAAACUUCCUUGCUCAGAUUUGGCUGUCUGGAAGCUUCAGAGGUUUCAUACAAAGGAAGACAUUUUUGACAUGCCAUUGCUUUCUAGAAUGAACACCAGUCUUGUUGAAGCUCUUGAGAGAGCCUAUCCUUGUUCACUUGAAGCCGCUGCGCCUGAGAAAGAGAUGGGAACCAUUGUGGUGGAUGCACAGCCAACAACCCCAACAAUUAAUGCAUUUAGUGAUAUUGAAAAGGGUCGAGAUGGUGAUAACAUGGAAGACCUAAUCCCACAAUUUACUCUAAUCGAAAGUGAUUUUGGUUCAGAACUUCUCAAAGAAAAGAACUCUGAAACUCUUUUGAAGUCUGCCAAUGAAAUUUCUUCUCCAGUUGAACCCAUAAGGCUCAAUCUUGAAACUCCUCCAUUUCAUUUGAGAGAACUUCAUUUGGAUGACACAGAAGUCCCAGAAGCUCCUGGUUUGUUAGAUUCUGCCGAUGAAGACCUAAACUUUUUGAAUGCAAAUGAGGCAUCACCAGGUCUUCGCAAUGCAUUUGACGUUGAAAAUUUGUCUUCUCGAACAAGGUAA